AUGGAAGAGGGUAGCAGUUUACGGCUGAGUGAGAAAAGUAGCCUAAAGAGUCCCAAGAAAAACUCAGAGGAUGAUUUCAUUAAGCCUAUAAGAUUGGCAAAACGACAAGACCAUAAGCAAGAUAAGCAAGAUAAGCAAGGUGGUAAGCAAGACAAACAGGAUCCAGAAGAAUUCCAAUGCAGACCGAUCAGAUUAAGCAGCAAGUCUAGUAAUCGAGACGAGGGACCACCUCUGAAUCAAACCAGUCCUAAGAGUAAGAACGGUAGAAGACGAUCUAUUCAAAUAAAAAAUCUUCCUAUUGUGGAACAAGCAACUCAAGUUCAUGAAGAAAACAGUACUGAUGACAUGAUAUUUGCGAUCUGCGUUGUUGAUUUCCAUCACGUAAGGGGCCCAGAGAUCCAAUGGUGGAAAUCUAACUAUUAUCCAGAAUACAAUGCAGCUUUGUUUAAACAACUUCCAUUUCAAGCAUUGCCAGACGGCUCACAUUUAUUUGAAGAAACGUUUUCAAACUUCAAUCUCGUAUACGACUUCCAUAAGGGGGUAAGCAUCGAUGAUUAUGACGAUUUAAACAAGUAUGACAGUGAUCCUCGAAAUUUGAAGACCUUAUUUGGUUGCUCAUGCGUCAGACAGAUUAAAACAACAGAUUUGUCGAACGAAGAGAGAGAAAGAAACAAGGAUAUUACGAGAUCCAUAGUACAGAAAGCGGUAGUAGUAAUAGCGAGAAAGCAACCUAUUUUUACUAAGAUCAAGGAAAAACUUUCGAUAAUUGCCCAAAGCUAUUUUUUGCAAGAUACCUUCAACAACUUUGAGGUAUUGGAAAACUUGUUCGCUAACUUGAACGCAAGUUUCAAGCUUAUUGAUAAUGAAGUUGAGAUUGGCGAUUCUGUAUUACAAGAAGAGCAAAAAUAUUUGCAAGAAGAAGAGUUUUUUGUCAAUUUGAAUCUCAAGAAUACUAUUUUGAAUAUUGGAUCAGUUUUUUUGAUUGUCUUUAAAAGCUUAUUACUAGAGAAGAAAGUUGUGAUAUUUUCAAACAAUAAUAUAGAAAUGCUUACUCAAUUUCAAAACAAUUUGAUCAGCCUUAUACCCAAUUUAAUUAAUAGUUUGGAUGACUCAGGAUGUGCAUUAAUAGAUUAUGUUGAAACCAACGGUCCUCUCAAAAAACCAAACUCAUUGAAUACUACUAAUAGGAAGUCGAUGUUACGAUUUUUUGGUCUUCCAUUGCAAAUAUUUAAUACCAAGGGAUCAUUUUGGACUCCUUAUCUACCACUCCAGCAGAUUGAAGAAUUGAAAACUAAGAGCUACAUGGUUGGUUGCUCUAACUUAUUAAUAGUCAACCAGGCAGAAAGAUUCAAAAUUGAUGUAUUAAUAAACUUGGAUACAAACGAGGUGUCUUUCCCGAGUGGUAAAUUAGAUGAAUUGCAUCUUAGCCAUAAUGAUAAGAAGUUUAUUAAUAACUUAAUAAAAAACAUAAGUGAAGAGAACAGUGAAUUCUUUGGGAAUGACGACCACAUUAGGUACCAAUUUGAAGAUUAUUUAUGUUCUUUGAUCUCAACAUACCGAUUCUAUCAAUAUGUCGAAAGAUUUAAGCAGGACCCGCCUGGAUUCGAUAAAACUGAAUACGAAGUGGGUAAUCUAGCACAAUUCCACGUUCCUUUCGUGGAUGCUUGGUCGCGGACCAACAAUUUCAAGAUUUGGGAUAUGAUGGCAGAUGAAUUCAUAUUCAAUUUCAUUGACCCCAGACAUGUUGGAGCAGCUCUCAGCGACUCUCUGUCAAACAAGCUCACUAGUUUGUUUCAAAAUUUUAGAAUAAAGGCUCAGAAUAUUGACACAUCUGAUACCAAAGUUCAAAAGUUUCUUCCUGAGACAGAGCAUUCGAAGAUAGAAAAUAGUGAAAAGGGUAAGGAGAACGAUGAAAACCUCAAGGAAGAAGAAAAUGAAAAUGAAAAGGAAGCGUCACCUAUUUCAAAGAGAAUCUCAAGCUGGGGAUGGGGAUUCAAGACGAGGUAG